AUGUCCGAAUAUCUUUUAAUAGAAGGGUCAAGAGAGCCUCUUACUGCUGAUAUAGAAGAGCCAAAACAUGAAGCUCUUGCUACUGAACGAAACGCUGAAACUCUGACGUAUUUCUCGCCUGCUGUUGAUGAAAAGAUUGACGCUGAUAAAGUUAAUGCUCGCUUCGAUCAAGAAGUCCUUGAAUCAGGGUAUGUUGAUGAUGACGAUUAA